GCUCAGGUCUGCCCACCUGUUCUCAUCUGAAGCAUCUUCCAUUUCAGCCCUCCGCCGUUCACCUACUCACAUUCCUUCUCGAGCCAUGAGUCUAAGAAACAAGCGCAUCAGUUCCAGCAGCUCUGUGAGGAGCAGCGGGAAAACGGGAGGUUAUGGCUACAGCAGUCUCAGCGGGAUAUCUCUGGGAGCAUCUGCCCCGAGCUUCAGCACCAGCUCAGCCUACCUUGGGACUCCCAUCGCCAGCGUCUCGGUCAACAGGAGCCUGUUGGCGCCCCUCAACCUGGAGGUCGACCCCAACAUCCAGAUGGUGCGCACACAUGAGAAGGACCAGAUCAAAUCACUGAACAACCGCUUCGCCUCCUUCAUCGAUAAGGUGCGCUUCCUGGAGCAGCAGAACAAGAUGCUAGAGACAAAAUGGGAUGUUCUGCAGAGUCAGACCCCGGGUCGGACCAACGUCGAGCCCAUGUUUGAUGCUUACAUGGCCAACCUGCGCAGACAGUUGGACGUGGUCAACAAUGACAGGACCAAGUUGGACGGAGAACUGCGGAACAUGAAGGGUCUGGUGGAGGACUUCAAACACAAAUAUGAAGACGAGAUCAACAAAAGGAACAACCUGGAGAACGACUUUGUGAUUCUGAAAAAGGAUGUGGACUCGGCGUAUCUGGUGAAAGCUGACUUGGAGGACAAAGUUGGUGCUCUGACGGAUGAGAUCAACUUCCUGAGGACCAUCUACGAAGAGGAGCUGCGUGAGCUGCACGCCAGCCUUACAGACACAUCCGUCGUCGUGCAGAUGGACAACUCGCGAAGCCUUAACAUGGAUCACAUCGUGGCUGAAGUCAAGGCUCAAUACGAGGAGAUCGCAGCCAAGAGCCGUGAAGAUGCUGAAUCCUGGUACAAGUCCAAGUUUGAUGAGAUGUCCUCUCAGGCCAUUCAGUACAACGAUCAACUGCGAAACGCUAAAGGGGAGAUCGCAGAUAUCAACCGUAUGAUCAGUCGCUUGCAAAGCGAGAUCGAGGUCAUUAAAUCUCAGCGUGCCAACUUGGAGAACCAGAUCUCGGAGGCUGAGGACCAUGGCGAGAUGAUGGUGAAGGAGGCCAAAGGUCGGAUCAAAGACCUAGAGGAGGCGCUGCAGAGAGCCAAGCAGGACAUGGCCCGCCAGCUCCGCGAGUACCAGGAGCUCAUGAAUGUCAAGUUGGCGCUGGAUAUUGAGAUCGCCACCUACAGGAAGCUAUUGGAGGGCGAGGAGGACAGAAUUGGGCAUCAGUCCAUUGUGAACAUCCAGUCCGUCCCCAACUACAGUUCCAAAUCAUCAAAUGGUUACCAGCAGAGCAGCUCUCCUUCCCCGAAAAUCCUGAUCAAGACUACUGAAACCAGAAACAACACCAGAUUCAGUACUCAUUAAGAGUCUGAAUUACAAUCAAAAUAAUAGAUAACACCAUAUAUACUAUAGCCGUGGCAGUUAGCCUUAAGUCAAAAGACCCUAUUUACUUUCCAGGUCUUAUUGUGCACACUAUUUUGUAAUUUUUUUGUCAAGACAAAAUAACUGGCUCAAAAAAUAGCCGUUUGCUUUGGUAGGCCAAAAAAAGGAAUAUUCCAGGUUUAAUAGAAGUUAAGCUCAAUCGACAGCUUUUGAGGCAUUAAUUCAUUUAUAAAUCCCUCAUUUUCUUAAAAAUCGAGAUUACAGUGAGGCACUUACAUUGGAAGACAUUGGGGCCGAUUCGUAAACGUUAAAAUAAGUUACACAAGACGAUUUUAGUAUAAAAAAAUCGUUUACUAAGCGCAUCUGUGUAAACUUAUAUCCAAUUUUGUAGCGCCGUAAACCCUAAAACAACUGUAAAAAAACCCUCUGAUUUAAACAACUUUACAGCUCAAAUAAAACACGAGUUUUAACAGAAGAAAAAUUAUAAAAACGUAAUAUUUCUGACUUUAAACCUCCAAAAAUGUUCCCCAUUCACUUCCAUUGUCAGGGUUGGGGAGUAACGGACUACAUGUAACGGGAUUACAUAUUUAAAAUAUAAAAUAUAAGUAACUGUAUUCCACUACAGUUACAGUUUAAAUCAUUGGAAUUUAGAAUAAAGUUACAUUCAAAAAGUAAUUUGAUUACUGAAGAGAUUACUUUGCAUUUGAUUGGCAUUUGUUUCAUUUAAUAUUUAAACAUUUAUACAUAUAAAUGAUCCAAAGUGCAUUUGAACAGCUGUGAAACACUUUCUGAUGAUGUGUGACAUUCAUACGAGCAGACAGAGAAGUACGUUUGGAGCAGAAGAAAUAGAAAUAAACCUUGUGUAAACUGUUAGCUUUACGCUAAGCUAAAAUGCUAUUUCAAGCCAUUUUACAUGCACAUGUGACCAGACACGAUCAUAUUUAUUAUCAAGAAAAUUCAUGUUAGAUCAUAAUAAAUUUUUUUCUAGUAAGAUCUUUGAUAUUAGGGCAAAAAUCAUAUUCUUAAUAAUAAUUUUUGUAUUGUUUUCCUGUAAAAAUAUCUAAAAAUCCUUAAAACAAGAUGAAUUAGAUAUAUCUUGUUUUAGAAACAACACUGCAGAAGAUAUUUGGGUUUUUCAGAGAAUGUAUUUUUAACAUGUAUUUUGAGUUUUUAUAGACAAAACAAGUGAAAAAAUCUACAAGUGCUGAAGAAGUAAUCCAAAGUAUUUAGAUUACAUUACUGACCUUGAGUAAUGUAACGGAAUACAUUAUAAAUUACAUUUUUCAGCAUGUAUCCUGUAAUCUGUAGUGGAAUACAUUUCAAAAGUAACCCUCCCUUUUAAUCGUCUCACUGGAACCUCAAAUUGAGCUUUAUGCCGCAAACUGAAUUGAUCUGAACUCGUCUUGGAAUAUUCCUCUAAGGCAUCUUUUGUAUGUAAUGCCGCCUUCUGAAUAUCUUGCAAGUAGUUCAUGCAGUAAUUGAGUUCCCGGUCAUGAUGAUGAAGCAUUACCUGUGGGAU